UCGCCUCCCUCUACCAUCCUUUGUGUGAUGUGUAACACCUCCUGACCAUCCUACCACCUCCAAGCAUGGACCUGUUCUUUUAACAUCCAAACAUCUCCCUUUUUCUGCUUCGCCCUCCUUCUCCUUCUCCCUUCUUACUCCCCAAUCCUCCAACUGGAGGGGAGCUCAUAGUUGUCUGUCUCGACAGGCUCUAGUCCUGGGGAACUAAAAGGUGAGAAACGGAGGCGGCGCUGAGGAACUGUACGAGGAGCAUGGCUACGGCUAAGACAACCACUGAUGUUCACCUCCUCCUGUUUGGAUCUGCUGUAACAUGAAGCCAUGGUUCACCAGUAGGAACUCUCCUCAGGCCUGCUGAUGAACUCACACAUACCCUGUUGAUUUGUGUACAUGUUUGUUUUUCCUCUGACUACCUGGUGGGUGGAUCUGUGGCGAUGGAGGCUCACACAGGAUUUAAAGCACUUCUUAAAGACAUCUUCUGAAUCUGGGGGUUCCUGCUGCUACAUGGAAAUGUGAAGAGGCUCCUGCGGCUUUCUUUACAUGAAGCUAUUCUCCCAAAGCUGUUAAUUAUUAUUUAAGGACCGUAAAGCGUGGAGGUGAAUUUCUCUCUACAAAGCUUUUAUUCAGCAUGAUUCUCCUGCCUCCAUGCAGAAUAAUAGUAUUUAUAUUUAAAAACAAACUGUUUACAGAUGUCUUGCCUUCACCCAGUGCACGUGACGUAUUUUGAUACUCCCACCCGUCUGAUUAGUGCAUCCAUCAUGAGGAUCAUCUGAACUUCAUGGGAGCUGUGCUCCUGUGAAGCAAGAACUGGUCAAAAUGGUUUGCAGCUAAGUGUGUGUGUGUGUGUGUGUGUGUGUGUGUGUGUGUGUGUGUGUGUGUGUGUGUGUGUGUGUGUGUGUGUGUGUGUGUGUGUGUGUGUGUGUGUGUGUGUGUGUGUGUGUGUGUGUGUGUGUGUGUGUGUGUGUGUGUGUGUGUGUGUGUGUGUGUGUGUGUGUGUGUGUGUGUGUGUGUGUUUACCUUGUGCAGUGUUAUAUUGAGAGUGUUGUAAUAUAUCAAAGGUGAGCUUCUCCAGUGUUGGGGGACUUGGACUUGCAGUAUAUCUGUGGUGUUUUUAGUGUUGACUAAUGUGAUGCAUGUACCUGCUGGUGGGCUUAGAUUUGGGGAAUUAAACCAACUGAAGGGAACUUAUAGAUAUUUUAAUGCGCAGCACAUUCCAGAAUGGCUGCUUCCGUUUUAUUUUCUAUUUGUUUGAAUGGCUGAGAAGUAAAGAUGAAAUAACAUAAUAUUUUUAUGUAUUCUGUCGAUUUAUUGGUGUUUAUUCUUGCCUAUAUAAGUAGGUAUUCAAAAACAAACUAUACAUUUACUUUGUCCAGCCUGUUUAAGGUCAAAAGUCAGACAUUCUCCUUCAGGAUUUCUGGCAGACUGCAGCCUUAAACCAUCACACAUUUGACUGUUGGUGUAUGUUUCUGAAAUGGGAAACACCUCCCUGUUGCACUUAAGUGAGUAAGGAUGCUUUUCCAUCCUCUGCUGGAUCAAAACUGUUAUUACAGGUAGCGUUCAUAAAGUUAAACAAUAUAAAACUCAGCAGCACAUCUGUGGAUUCCUUACAAAUUAAUUAUACCACUUAAGAUUACUGCAGGUUUUAAAUUGGUGUUAACAGCAUAAUGAGAGUCUGAAAGUCUUCACUCAUACAAACUAACUACUAAAACUCAACAAAGCUAUUUUAAUUACGUGUUCAAGAUUAAAUCAAUGAGCUACAGCUGGAGCUAUUAGCAGAUAGCUACAAAACGGAACAUUUUAAGGCUUUAUUAAGAUAAGGAGGCUAAAUAUUAUCUAAAAAGUGGCUAAAAAGAACAAACAUGUAGUGCCAGCUUUCAGACACUAGAUGGCAGCAGCUCUCCAUCUUCCUUUUUCUAAAUGCUGUCCCCAUCCCAGCUCAUGAAGAAUGGGAACAAAAACAAAAGUGUUGCGUUUAUUUUAGUUAGGUGUAAAUGUGGUCAGCCAGGAAUUACUAAGUAGGUGAAAACAUGAUUUAGAUAUUUUUAUGUCGUUUUAUGUAUUUUAUUAGUGUAACUUGCACCCACACUAUUUAGAUAUCUGUUAUUUUAAUUCUGUUUGGAUAUAAAUGCCUAACCAGGGACAAGGGCUGUAAAUUAGCCUCAGGCUAGAAGCCUUAUUUAUAUUGCAUCUGUUGCUUAUGGUGGUAGUGUUUUGUUGUACAGUCCCUGUAAAAGUAAAGGACACACACACAUACAUGAUGUAAGGAGACGAACACUAAGGCAGUAAAACCUGGUACAAUGAACCAGAAAACGUACAGAAUGUCAAUGCUUUGAGUUGGUAAGAAAGCUAACCAUGAAUUACAAAGAACUACAAAAAAUACUGUAACAGGAAUUAAGCAGACCAAAACUAAAGCAGAAAACUAACAGAGUGUAAUGAAGCAUUACAAACAGCGGUCAGCCACAAAGUCGUCUUCCCUCACUGCAGGGUUUUAUGUUUACAGCCAGAUCUUGAUGAGUUUUGUGAAGAAAAUGUGAACUCAUCGCUAUAAUAACCUUUCUGUCCUGUUUUGCUACAGUUCCAGUUUUUAUAAUAAAAGAACUGAAAAACGGCAGUUAUUAAUAAAUCCUGUUACAUUUGAUCACACUGUUGGACUAACUAUAUCUGUUGGCCCUACUGGGGUUAUUUUAUAAUUUAAUUGUUAGACUAUCUCAUGUCUACACUUUAAUAGGUUAAGGCUGCUACAGCAGAUCUCUCAGCAUCUCAUUUAAUCUGUAGCAAUUAAUUGAAAUGUUAUUCAAAGCUGAUUUAGUUUUAUUUUUCAGCUGUUUUCAUUAUUCUAGAAGAGAAACAGACCUGCUGGGCAAAAUAGGGCAGUUUUAUUAUAUUUCAUACCCAGGUAAGGCACACAUGUUUAUCCUAUUUAUUUGUUCUAUUAUUUUUUUUUGAAUGAAAUAAAUGUGAGGGGGAUAAAAGUAGCCAAUCGUAGUAGAGCCCUUCUAGCCAAUCAGAGGCGAGAAAGGCGGGAUCUUCCUUGGACAUCCUACGAUUCCAAAGCUGGCAUUCAAUUCUGCUUGUAACCAAGCGAAAUCCCACGAGCUACGGUGUCCUGUUUGGAAAAACGUCUCAGAACUGCUGAGAACACAGAGAACACGCCACACACAUAAACAUGUUUAAAAAAAUAUUUGUAUCAGGCUAUUAUAUAGUGUUUUUUUGUUUAUUCGUUUUAGGAAUUUUUAUUGCAAGUAUGUUUAUUUUUCUAUGUACGUAUUUUGUGCUCAUAUGUAUGAAGUACUUGGACAUCGGGCCAAAUAGGAAUUUCAUUGUGCACAGACGUUUUUUUUUUAUUGUGCGAGGAAGUGUGCCACUGCGCAUAUGAAGCGUCAUUAUAAACAAAAGCACGUGCUUUGUUGCCAUGGUAACAACAACCCCUUUGAUCACCAGACGCUCCUGGAGCCUAACUAUUACGUCAUCUCCGCGCUUUGCUCAUUUGACUUCUGACGUCAUAGAGCGAGGACAUCUCUGCACAGACACACGGAUCUACAAACGUUUAGCUUUUCAUUUUCACUUUUCUCUCAACAAAUAUUAACUACAAACAUGCGUUUUGGAUUUAACACGUCACAUUUUGCUAAUGGUAUUAAUUUUAUCAAGAAAAAACUGAAAAAGAAGUCAAAACAAGUUCCCAUCCGAAAUAAUUUGACAGCGGAUGAAUUCAAAGAGAAUGUUACAGAGACGUCCGCUAAACCAAUGGAGGUUAAAGGGCUGGUGGACACUCUAUCCUGUAAUGUAGAAUAUUCUUCCACAGCUAUGGAUAAGAUGAAGAAAGAUUUGGAAGAUUAUCAGGUCACCAUUUUUUAUCUGGCUAAAGCCCUGAAAGAAGAAAAGGAGCAAAACAUUCAACUAAAGAUGUCUCUAGCUGCUGCUAUGGAUAAGAUGAAGAAAGAUUUUGAAAAUUAUCGGGUCACCGUUGUUAAUCUGGCUAAACCCCUGAAAGAACAAAAGGAGCAAAAUAUUCAACUAAAGAUGUCUCUAGCUGCUGCUAUGGAUAAGAUGAAGAAAGAUUUUGAAAAUUAUCAGGUCACUAUUUUUAAUCUGACUAAGGACCUGACAGAACAAAAGGAGCAAAACAUUCAACUAAAGAUGUCUCAAGUUGCUGCUAUGGAUAAGAUGAAGAAAGAUUUUGAAAAUGAUCAGGUCACCGUUGUUAAUCUGACUAAAGACCUGAAAGAACAAAAGGAGCAAAACAUUCAACUAAAGAUGUCUCUAGCUGCUGCUAUGGAUAAGAUGAAGAAAGAUUUUGAAAAUGAUCAGGUCACCGUUGUUAAUCUGACUAAAGACCUGAAAGAACAAAAGGAGCAAAACAUUCAACUAAAGAUGUCUCUAGCUGCUGCUAUGGAUAAGAUGAAGAAAGAUUUUGAAAAUUAUCGGGUCACCGUUGUUAAUCUGACUAAGGACCUGACAGAACAAAAGGAGCAAAACAUUCAACUAAAGAUGUCUCAAGUUGCUGCUAUGGAUAAGAUGAAGAAAGAUUUUGAAAAUGAUCAGGUCACCGUUGUUAAUCUGACUAAAGACCUGAAAGAACAAAAGGAGCAAAACAUUCAACUAAAGAUGUCUCUAGCUGCUGCUAUGGAUAAGAUGAAGAAAGAUUUUGAAAAUUAUCAGGUCACUAUUUUUAAUCUGACUAAGGACCUGACAGAACAAAAGGAGCAAAACAUUCAACUAAAGAUGUCUCAAGUUGCUGCUAUGGAUAAGAUGAAGAAAGAUUUGGAAGAUUAUCAGGUCACUGUUGUUAAUCUGACUAAGCAAAACAUUCAACUAAAGAUGUCUCAAGUUGCUGCUAUGGAUAAGAUGAAGAAAGAUUUUGAAAAUGAUCAGGUCACCGUUGUUAAUCUGACUAAGGACCUGACAGAACUAAAGGAGCAAAACAUUCAACUAAAGAUGUCUCAAGCUGCUGCUAUGGAUAAGAUGAAGAAAGAUUUGGAAGAUUAUCAGUUCACUAUUUUUAAUCUGACUAAGGACCUGACAGAACAAAAGGAGCAAAACAUUCAACUAAAGAUGUCUCAAGUUGCUGCUAUGGAUAAGAUGAAGAAAGAUUUGGAAGAUUAUCAGGUCACUGUUGUUAAUCUGUCUAAGCAAAACAUUCAACUAAAGAUGUCUCAAGUUGCUGCUAUGGAUAAGAUGAAGAAAGAUUUUGGAAAUGAUCAGGUCACCGUUGUUAAUCUGACUAAAGACCUGAAAGAACAAAAGGAGCAAAACAUUCAACUAAAGAUGUCUCUAGCUGCUGCUGAAAACAGGACGGUCUCGGCCCAAGCUGAAACUAGAAAACUUGAGCAGGAGUUAGAUAAGUGUCAAAGCGUUAUCAUAAAUUUGACCAAAAAGCUGCAGAAUAAGAAAGAAGAUAAAGUCCAAUCGAUGGAGUGGGUCACAGGAUCAGAGAAAAGUCCCAUUUGCACACAGAAUGAGAAAUUCUCAUUUCAUAUUUCCCCUCAAACUGAAUCUCCUGUCAUGAGAAAUGUCACGACUGAUCCAGUUUUGGUGAGAAAUACAAAACCAGCAGCUAAAAUUGAAGAAAUUCCCACCAAAGCUGAACCAGUGUUAAUUCCUGUUAGAAAACCAGCGUCUGAAAAAGAUUCUGGUGUCCAAAAUCAGACCGUUUCAGAGCAAAAGCGGGUUCCUGCUUUGUUACCAGGGAGGCUGUUAAAAACUGUGGCAACAUCCGAUCAAAACAAAGCCUUUGGAAAAUCAGGACUGGCCACAAAGGAGGAAAAAGAUUCUGUCCAAUCAAAUGAGAAGAGAGAGAAAAUGAAGACGGAAACUAAAAUGAAAUCUCCCACACCAGUUAAAGGACGUGGGCUGGUGAAAAACGUUGCUGGUUUCACAAAACAGGAGGAAAAAACAGUUCAAAGUUAUUUUCACAGUCCAGAGAAAAUCUUCUGCCAGUUAUCAAACUGUGCAAAUAACUGCUGGAUGAAUUCUUCGGUACAGGCGAUUGCAAACCUGCAAACUGUCAAAACAGCUCUCAGUGGCUGUGCCCGAGAACAUCUGAUGCCUUCACCAGUUCCCUUGUUUUCUGAAUUUUUCCUCAAAGUUCUGAAUAAUCCAGGGAGAUAUUUCUCCUCAGGAGAAAUCCUCCCAGUUCUGAAGGACAUUAGCUGGCACAUCCCAUCAUUACAGCUGGCAAAACAGAAUGACAUCGCUGAUUUUCUGAACCCUGUCCUGAAAUGGCUCGAUGAUUGUGGCGUUCAGUCAUCUCUGGAGGUGAGUCACGUGCGCCACUGCAACAACUGUGGACAGGACUCCACAGACACAAACAGCGUGGGAAACUUGGCUUUCAUGUUUACAACACAGCCAAACGACUCCACCAAAGCCCUUCUGGAUCGAAUGAUAUUCGACAACGCCACUGUGAAGACCUGCAGCUCCUGCCAAUCAAAAACGAGCUGCAGCAGUUACCUUAAUUCCCCUGAUGUGGUGGCUUUAUAUCUGCCCAGAGGUUUUUCAGGCAGAGACUUAGUUAUACCGGAUGCAACCAUAGAAAUCCCUCAGCAGACUGGAGCACAGAAGUACAACUUAGCUUCUGUCAUCUGCCACGAACAGCUGUUCUUUGGUAGUGCCCACUUUUACACGUAUGUGAAUUAUAGAAACCAGUUUAUAAAAGCCAACGACACGAGCAUUUCAGUCGCAAAGUCCAACGGAAAGAAGGACAUGUAUGAAAAUGGAAUCAUCUACGUUUAUGAAAGAUGUUCGUAAGAUCUUAUUAGCUCUGCCACUUGCAGCAGAAACUUGUGGGCCAUUCCCAUCUGUACCAGGUCGGCCCGGGCCGGAUAGCGUAGGUUUUUUACAUAUCUGGGUGGCCUGGUAUUUUUCCGGGCCAACCAAGGCUCAUUCUCAGCCCUCUUCUGGAGGGGGUCUGCUUCAGGCCAACCAGGGCCAACACACCCACUGCUGACAGCAAAUUCACACCUUCCAUUAGAGUAAGCCUCUGAUUGGUGGGUAGAAUCAGCCCACAUGGGCUUAAGACAAGGAUGUGUGGAAUCAACCGGGCCAGGCUGGGGCCGACUGGGGCUACCCGGCCCGGGCCGACCCGGUACAGGUGGGAAUGGCCCAAUAAAGACCAGCUUAACCAGUCCUAGAGAGCCGGGAAGGUUGAAAUAUUUACAUCAGGUCAGUUAGUGACUCUGUAUCCAGGAGGACGUUUGAUGGAGAAUUAUAAAACAGACCGCUUUAGAGGUCAACAUGAUAGAUACCAAGGCUCUAAAGAGAGACAAAACAUAACGACCCUCGGAGCCUGUAACACAGAGAACACACACACACACACACACACACACACACACACACACACACACACACACACACACACACACACACACACACACAAAUAUAAAUAUAUAUUAAAUCCACAGCACAAUAUCAUAAUUUAUGCAUCAAAUAAUACAAACACAAGCACUGUUCGAUCUUUAUUAUUGAUUACUUUUCUGUUAUUUAUUAACAUACUAUUUUAUACAUUUAGUUACUUAUUCCAUCUUAUUCACAUGAAGGCGUCAUAUUUUAGCUUCUCACACACACAUCUAUGGGUGCACUAAGGUUUGUCUCAUGGAACGUACAUGGGGCUGGCUCCAUAGAGAAAAGAUUAAAGAUUUUUGAUCAGCUAAAGAGAGUGCAAGCAGACGUAAUAUUGUUACAAGAGAUCUGCCACAUCCGCAGAUGAACUUAAAACACAUGAGUUUCCCAGCAUGUUCUCUGCCUGCUAUAACUCUAGGCAAAGAGGUGUAGCUAUUUUAAUACACAAAAACAUAAAUUUCACAGUAUUGGACACAGUCUCUGAUCCAGAGGGUAGAUUUAUAAUGUUAAAAAUAUCUGUACAGAACCAAAGCUUAUGUAUUGUCAGCAUAUACUGUCCAAAUAUUGAUGACCCUCCAUUCUUUCAUAAUUUUUUCUCUGUACUCUCCGAACACUUGGACUGUCCACUCAUACAUGGAGGUGAUUUUAAUUUUUGGAUGUCUUUAACAGACAGGCUCAGUACAGCUGGGACUCAGCGCAAUUGGCAAUCCACCAACAUAGUUAAACAGUACAUGAGUGAUUAUGGGCUUUGUGAUGCAUGGCGAUCUCUUCAUCCUAACCGUAGAGAGUAUACUUAUUUCUCGCACAUCCAUCACUCUCAUUCACGUUUGGAUUAUUUUCUACUUAGCAGCUCAUUGUUGGCUGACAUUUCAGACACUGAGAUACACCCCAUUGUUGUCAGCGACCAUGCUCCGGUUUCUUUAACUCUGGUAAACAAGAAGACAAUCCCACCAAGCAAUUGUAUGGCAAGCCAAAUGAGCAUUUAUUCUGAUAUCAGGAUAUCAGCCAGAAUUGUCAUGAACAUGUAAGCCAUUUCUGUCCACUAGUUAACUAGUUAGACAUGUUUGUGUCAACUAGUUAAAUAUCGAGGGUGAAAAUGUGCCCACUAGUUAACUAGUGACAGCAGAAAUGUGCACUAGUUAACUAGUGAACACAUUUAGGCUUCAGUAGUUAACUAGUUGACACAAAAACUGCUCACUAGUUAACUAGUAAAAGCAGAAAUGCAUACCAGUCAGCUACUUGAAGGUAUUUGUCUCACUAGUUAACUAGUGAGGGUCAAAAUGUGCACACUAGUUAACUUGUGGUAGACAUAAAUGCGCACUAGUUAACUAGUGAACACAUUUUGGCUUCACUAGUUAACUAGUUGACACAUAAAUGGCUCACUAGUUAACUAGUAAAGACCAAAAUGCAUGCCAGUCAGCUAGUUGAAGGUUUUUGUGUCUCACUAGUUAACUAGUGAUGGCCAAAAUGUGCACACUAGUUAACUUGUGGUAGACAUAAAUGUGCACUAGUUAACUAGUGAACACAUUUUGGCUUCACUAGUUAACUAGUUGACACAUAAAUGGCUCACUAGUUAACUAGUAAAGGCCAAAGUGCACACCAGUCAGCUAGUUGAAGGUUUUUUGUGUCUCACUAGUUAACUAUUGAUGGCCAAAAUGUGCACACUAGUUAACUAGUGAAGGCAUAACUCCUAACUAGUUAACUAGUUGGAGUAGGUCAGUGCCACUAGUUAACUAGUGAACCAUUAAUGGCUCACUAGCUAGCUAGUUGAUGGCAGCAGGCUCACUAGUUACCUAGUUGAUGCAUCCAUUGUCCAAACUAGUUAACUAGUGAGGACAUAAAUGUAUACUAGUAAACUAGUUCAAGUCUACAUUCACACUAGUUAGCUAGUUGCGCAGAAUUCUAAUUAGGAGGCGGCAAAUUUCUCAAAUUAAGACUCUCUAUUGGCUCCCUGUGUCAAAAUAAAAUAUGACAACCAAUCACAGUGCGGAAUUUUGUAAAAUCCCACCCCAAACAUUUGCAUGCAGCACACAAGUUAACAUGCUGGCCAGAGGAACCUCAGCUAGUGAACUAGUAGUGGCUUCAGUGUGACACUUACAUGUAAACUUGUGAAGGCGGAACUGCUCACUAGUUAACUAGAGAGGGUACAAAUGUCCACUAGUUAACUAGUGAGGUGCAAAA